GUUGAGGACUAGACCCAGAACACGCCUGUCAUGUUCUGCUCUGUUCUACAGACUCUGCUGGGGCUGCUACAUGUUGGCAUCAUUGACCGUGUUCAGCAGCUCUUCCCUCAGGUUUAUGUGAUGCUUUCAUCAGCUCCAUGUACACAAGGAGUCAAAAUAGUUUUAAUAAGGAAGUAAAAACACAAGUGCAGUCACUACGGUAACAGCACAAUAGAUUUCUUUGUAUUCAUAAACACAAAUGCAGUACAAGCUGCCAGUGCUUUGACAGUCCUGACAUGAGAAUGCAUGAACUGAACUGAUUUGUCAACCAUUCGUUAGACUCGGUUUAGACUGAGGCGGGCAUGGAAGCUGUGAAAGUGGUGUGAACAGGGUGCAGUGGCUGGUAAUGUGUGCAAAGUCCAUCCUGGUUACCUGUUACCAUGCUUACAUUUCCUGACAAAGCAAAAAGUUCAAGUUCAGCUGUGUGGCUGUUUCUAGUAAUAAAGCACCGUAUUUAACAAGUACCUGAAGAUGGUGCGAGUAAAGUACCAGCUUACAGUAAUUCAUCCUGAGGUGACCUAGUUCCCUGGUGUCCUCCAUUAAUGGCUAAUGGAAACUACCAUUUAACACAUGCAAAUGUUACAGCCCAGGUGAGCGGGCACAGCUGUGGCCCACUCAGCAGGUCGGUCAUUGUUGUUGAAUUUACACUUCUGGGAUUUCUGAAGAAGGCUUCAGCAGGGCAGUUAAUGUCAGGCUCAGAAGGAAGAGGAAGUGUGGCUGGCAUUGAUCCUAACAGCUGAUGUAUCUGCAGCUCUGACGGAUGAACUUUAGUAACUUCCCUAAUUAACGUGUCUUUGCACCAGGACACUGGGGCCCUGCGACAGCAAAGACGGAGGUAACAUUUCAGGACUCAAAGUUUGAUGAAAUAAGAAGUUAUUUUUGCAGCUGCUCAAAGUAACCGUGCAGAUAAAUGUCCGGAGUUCGGGCUUGGAUGGAUCAAGCAGUGUUGUUGUACAGCUUGACUGUGUCAUGGAGAAACUGCUCUGGUUGGUUCAACCACGUUUCCUAGCUGCCUCGUCGCGCUUUAGUUUAAAAUAAUCACUCCCUUUGAUCGUCGUGUCUCUGCGCUCUGAAUCAAGCGCUAACAUCACGAGGUCUGAAGUGUGCCGUCACGUGAACAAGGUAACUCUGCGGGCUCCAGCUAUUGGCUGAAAGGAGCAAGACGGCUUCCCCAUUGGACAGUUUCUACUACGUCAUCUUCGCCGCUCUUGUUUACAUCUGAUUGUGUUUUGUGUGCAGGUUUGUAGCCGGUUAGCUGAAGGUAAGCGGAGGAGCUGCGCUUCUGUAUUUACCGGUUACAUGUUCAGUCUCCGGUCUUUGUACCGUAACAUGUCCCGGGGUGACUUUUCAUUCGCUGCCUGUUGUGAUGUGAUGUAAGUGGAGCUGUGCGGCGGUGAAAUUCCCCUUCGCCCACUGAUGCGCUUCUGUUUCGGUUUUCCUUCCUCUCAGACGCUCCUCCCGGCUUGGCCACAUCGCUGCAUGUCACCUGAUUUCAAGAGGAAACUGGCACCUGAAUUAAAGGGACUAACUAGCUGGUUAAGUUGCGACACAUGCUCUUACUAAACCGGAUGGUAAAACCGUAUAAAGGAGAUCAGUCGUAAAAAGGGGAACCGAAACGGGGCUGUCGACAUUCAGCCUCCUUCCCCCAGACGUGGAAAAAGCUAGCCGAAGCUCCUCUCGUGUAAGCUGGGCUCUGGUCUUCCUCCAGCCGGGAUGUCGGACACGGACGGUUCUCUCCCUCUGCUGAAGAGGCUCAGCUACGCGGUGGGGCACUUUCUCAACGACCUGUGUGCCUCCAUGUGGUUCACAUAUCUGCUGGUUUUCUACCACUCGGUGCUGGGAUUCCAAAACACGAGUGCAGGUGUGCUUUUGCUGGUCGGGCAGGUAGCCGAUGGUAUCUGUACGCCUCUUAUUGGCUACGAGUCCGACCGAAGCCCCGGCUGUAGAAACUACGGCAAGAGGAAGACGUGGCAUUUAGUUGGUACACUGAGCGUAGUGCUCUCCUUUGCCUUCAUCUUUAACCAGUGUGUGGGCUGCAGCUUCCUCACCCCUCAGUGGGCCAGUCUAAUCUACUUCGUCCCAUUCAUCAUCAUCUUUCAGUUCGGCUGGGCCGCCACGCAGAUCUCUCACCUGUCCCUCAUCCCAGAGCUGGUCACUUGUGAGCAUGCUAAAGUAGAGCUCACCGCGUACAGGUACGCGUUCACAGUGAUAGCCAACAUCACCGUGUAUGGAGUGGCUUACCUGCUGUUUCACGUCCAGGCUGGAGAGGAUGAAGACCCUGAUUCACUGGGACCAGCAGACAUCAUCAUCUUCAGGAAUCUGUCACUAAUUGUUUUGGGGAUCGGUGUCGUCUUCUCCGUCGUUUUCCACGUGGGAACAAAAGAGAGCAAUGGAGCAAGCGAGGAGUCGGAGGAGGCCGAGGGGGAGCGGAGGCCACUGCUGCCGCGCUCCAACACCUUCUCGUCUCUCCUGCAGUGGAAAUGCUGGCUGCGACAGCCUUCUUUCUACCAGGUGGCCGUGCUCUACAUGUCCACCAGGCUGAUCGUCAACCUGUCUCAGACGUACAUCUCCAUGUAUCUCAUCAACACUCUGGGGCUGCCAAAGAAGUUCAUAGCUACCAUCCCAUUGGUGAUGUACGUGAGCGGCUUCCUGUCCUCCUUUAUCAUGAAGCCUGUCAGCAAACUCAUCGGGAAAUGUCUUACUUACUUCGUGGGCCUGCUGCUGAUCAUGGCGUUCUCGUAUUGGGUGCUGCUGGACGUCACCAUGGGUCAGCAGGUAUACGGGGCGGCCGUGCUGCUGGGGGCCGGGUCCGCCACCAUCCUGGUCAUAUCGCUCGCCAUGACUGCGGAGCUCAUUGCAGAUCAGACGCAAAGCGCAGCGUUCGUGUACGGAGCCAUGAGUUUCACUGACAAGCUGGCCAAUGGACUGGCAGUGAUGAUCAUUCAGGCCCUGCAUCCCUGCCACACUGUGGUGUGCUGUCCUGCCUGUGUGUGGUUCUACCAUUACGUCAUGGUCAUUGUAACUGGAGGCGUUUCCAUCGUCGCAGCUUUGGCCCUUUGCUCCAUCCUCACUGGCCAAUCACAGCAUCACGAGGUGCUCUGCCAAUCAUCUCCAGUGAAGCAAAUGGAAUCAACUGACAGGGCUCCUCCCACAUCAUCUCACCACGGGGAACUUUUUCAGGGAACGGCAGGAAUCCUGUGGGACUUCCUGACCAGCUGCUGA